AGGAGGGUGGUGCCUGCAAAGUGCAGAGAGACGAAGCACAAGUGUACUGUAACCGUAGACGAUGUGAACCAACCUCUCUCUCCACUGAUUACCACGUGGAACUUCUCAAACGCUUCCUCAUAAUUCACGAACUACACCCAUGAAAAACAUUGAAACAUCAUUCAACAAAAGCAUUAACAACAACAAACAAAACUCACUCUUCCUCUUUCAUCUCUCUCUCUCUCUCUCUUUCUCAAGCCCUUUUCAGUUUUCUUCUCUCUCUCUCUCUCUCUCUCUCUGAUUCUUCAAUUUUGUUGACUCUUUUUUCCAUUCACUUCUUUCUUUAAAAUCAUCUUCAUAACAAAAAUUGUGAGCCACCUUGCCCCUAUUAAUUUUUUUUCUUCUUCUCUUAAUUUCCACACAAAAUUUGAGCUUAGUAGCUCUUUGUCCUUUUAAAUUUGCGUUUUUUUCUUCUAAGUGGACCACUCAAAUUGUACUUUUGCGCCUAACUGGUUCAUGCAUUUUUAUAUUUUUUUUCUCAUAGAGAAACCUUCAAGGGAGUUGUUGUGUUGAAGGAUUCCUUCUUUGAUCCUUGGUUUCAAUGGAGAGGUGUUACAAUGAGAAAGAGUACAAGUCCAAGAAAAUAGACCUUACUCUAAAGCUUUCACCUUGUGGUGAGAAUGCAGAAGAGAAAGAGAGGGGGUUGAGAAGGUCAUCAUCAUCAUCAUUAGUAGUAGUUGGUGUUGCAAAUGGGGCCCAGUGGGGCACAUCUCUUGGCAGAUCUUGCUCAUUGCCAGCAGAGAGGCAGAGGAGGGUGGCUGCACUCUCACCUCAAGUGCUUGCUUGGGUGGCUGCUUCUUCUGCUGUCAAUGUCAACAACACAUCGUCAUCACUUCACAAACCAAACCCACUCCCAAGUUCUUCUCAGGAUUCAGGGCUUCAGGAUACACUCAGAGGUGUCUCAUGCAACAUUCCAUAUAUAGGUCCUACACAUGCAGCCAAAGGAGUUGCUUUGAACAUCCAAACAUCAACCAAGGAGGAAAACGAUUCCAAGGCUUCCCUCAAAACAAUGGCCAAGGCAAUUUCACCUAGGCCUGCUGACAGUAAGCCGGAGAAUCCGGCUAAAAAACAUAAACUUGGGAACUACUGCAGUCUUAAAGGCGAUGUAAUGGAGAUCCUGAGACAGAUGCCGAGUGUGACUACUACUGGAGAUGGCCCCAAUGGGAAGAGAAUAGAAGGGUUUCUGUACAAGUAUAGGUCUGGUCAAGUGUGUAUUGUUUGUGUCUGCCAUGGUAACUUUCUCACCCCAGCUGAGUUUGUCAUGCAUGCUGGGGGCAAGGAAGUGGCCAAUCCAAUGAAGCAUAUCACUGUUUUAUCUAACUCAUUUUAGAGGCAAUGUGAAUGGAUUUAUAAUUCAUUCAUCUUGGAAUGUAGAGGGAAGUGGAAACAAUGAGAUUAUCUUUGGUUAGUUUAGUUUCCAUGAAUUAAUAUUAUCCAUUGUUCAAGUGGCCUGUGUGAAAGGAAAUUUUCAUCAGAGGCUGUGUCCUUUAGUAUGUAAUACAAGGUAAAAAACCAAUAGAAUUAUGUGAUUUUGGUCAAGUUUUUCCAUCACUUUUAAGUUA